AUGUCCCUCAGAAUGUCAAUUUGGUUUGUUAUUUUCCUUCAUAUUUAUUUAGUCUUAGCUUCUGAUUCAGAUCCAGUUCAAGACUUCUGCAUACCAAGAUCCGAGUUUUCGACCAUCUUUGUCUCUUGCAAGAACUCAUCCUCAGUAACCAUUGAAGAUUUUGUGUAUUCUGGCAUAAAAAACCCCGGAGAAUUCAGUAAAACUGGAUUUUCAUCCAUUCCAGUUAGUAUGAAUAUAGGAGACUCGCGGGCUACGAUUCUUGGGAGUUUUAAUAGCCAAAAUCCAGGUAUUGUGAAAAUCCCGUCUUCUGUAUUUGGAUCAGAAAUUGAAGAGGAGAUCUUGAUCAAGGCUUUUGGAUUGAACAAGAAGGAGUUGGCUAAGUUGAAGAAGUUUCUCCAUGCUAGCUGA